AGUUCACAUGAGACUCUGGACAUAGUGGAGGAGAAGAAGCAGGCAGAGGUUGGGAUAGAAGAAACACUAGUCAUAGACGAAACCAACAAAGGGAAAAUGCAAGUUGCCACUGAUGCUGGGGAAACAUGUAAGGUGGAGCAUCUGUCAAAAAAGGACUCUUCAUCAUUGCCAUCAGAUAGUAGCAGCAGCAGCAGUAGUAGUGAGAGUGAGGAUGAAGAGGUGGGAGAAUACCAGCCACAUCAUAGGGCAAUUGAGGAAGUCAUCAGGGAAGAACAGGAAGAAGAGGAAGACAUGAAAAGGAAAGAACAUGAAGAAAAAGUACAGCAUGUGGAAGCCACACCAGAAGGCAGUAAACUAAAUGUACCAGAUGAGCACACACAAGUUACAGAUGAAGAUUUGGUCCAGGAAAAUGCAGUUACCAUAGCUAAAGAAGAGAAGAAUUUGUCAGAGGAAAGUAAGCAAGAUUUAGGUGAAGAAAGAGAGGAAGAACACCUCAAACUCAAUGGAGAUGUGUCUCAUGUUGACAUUGAUGUUGCACCACAAAUAAUUUGUUGUUCAGAGCCUCCAGUAGUGAAAACAGAGAUGGUAACCAUUUCAGAUGCCACACAGAGAACUGAAAUCUCCACUAAAGAAGUUCCAAUUGUUCAAACAGAAACUAAAACUAUCACAUAUGAAUCUCCACAGUUUGAUGGUAGUGCUGGUGGCAAUGCUGGUGUGCUGCUGAGUGCACAGACUAUUACAUCAGAGUCAAUUUCUACUACCACGACUACACACAUCACAAAGAUGGUAAAAGGCGGGGUAUCAGAAACAAGAAUUGAGAAGCGCAUUGUCAUUACGGGAGAUGCAGAUAUUGACCAUGAUGAGGCCCUGGCACAGGCAAUCAAAGAAGCCAAAGAACAGCACCCUGACAUGUCUGUCACAAGAGUGGUGGUGCACAAAGAAACUGAACUUGCUGAGGAAGAUGAAGAGUAAAACGAAAAAUGCCCUCCAGCAAAUAGUUCAGAAGUAAAAAUGAUACUGACCGUGAUCCUGACCACGAAGAACUGUAAUCAUUCCAAGUCAUCACUACUCUACCGAAUCCACCCAAGCCUAGCAAUGAUGACUAGAUGUUCAAGACUUAAAUGCCAAUACCAAACUCCAUUUUAACAUCUUUGGUCUAUAUUCCCUUACAGUCUUUCUUGUUUAUUUUUUAUAACCACUUCUUAACAAUCUUAGAUUUUUUUAAAUGAAGUUUUAAAGGGUAUGAUCUUCUUUUGCACAAAUACUUGUAUUUUGAAGCUGAUGCUUAAUUAUAUGAAAGUGAACAAUAAAGGAGUCUGGAAAGCACUGUUCACUGGAGCAGGUGGUAAUUGUGCAGGAUGGGGGAUCUUAACUAAUUUAGAUAUAGUUUUUUCCAAAUAUCUCAAGUGAAAUCUCUUACUGGAGUAAUUUACAGAUUUUUUUUUUCAGAUUAUUCAGGUAAAUAUAUGGUAUCACAUAACAAAGAUUUUUAUAAAAAUACAACAUUUCCUAAAAUUUGCAAAAAUAUAUUUCUUUGGAUAAAUUUUAUACUGAUAUCUCUGUAACUCUUUCUGUUCUAAGGGUCUCCUCUCUGUGGAGCAGAGAUGGUAUGUCAGUCUAUAGAGGAGAAGGAGUUGCAGACACAUUUCUUUUGACUGAGCACUGUGUUCUUUUUGCACUUUGGUGCCAAUGCUCAACUUUUUGCAGACGUUUUGCUGUCUGCAGCAUUCCAGAUAAGGAAAGAAGGAAGAACAAAAUAUCUUUCUCUUCUUCCAACAAGAGAUGAUUUAGGCAGCUUUUAAAACCUUAGUGCUUUUUUUCUUACUGUGUCCAAACUUCCACACUUCCAUUAUUUGAAUGCAUGUGUAGAAUGCUUGCUUUCUAUUAAAUCUCACUGUCUCCAUGUUAGAACUGACAUUUCUAUUACUGAGAAGGUAUACGUUUCAGAUGCUUCGUCUAACGGUUAAUGCAGGUUUUUAGGACACUGAGUAAAAGUGUACGAUGGACUCCAUUCAUAAAGUAAUAAGACAGUACCAUCAUUUGAGACUGCCAUUGAGAAAACCUGUUAAUUAUUUUGGAUUUUAUUUUUAUUUUGUUCUUGCAGGGGGGUGGGUUGUUUGGUUUUUUUUUUUUUUUUUUGCUGUUGACUCUGUGUAUAGUUAAAAUGCCAAAUUAGAUUUAUAGCAGCUUAAAGUUGUAUUAAGUGAUAUUUUGCUUUCUGUAAUUCUGUUAUAAAAUAAAGUUGUUUAUUCUCUGUA